UUUAGUACAAGCCGCCCGGUGUUCAUAAUGUCUUAAUGGUAUAAAAGCUCUGUUGGAUGUAGAGAUCAGCAUCAGUUAGUAUCUGAAGUAAUUCAGUCAUAGCUUUAUCUCAACCUUAAAUCCAAACAACCAAAAAACUCAUUCAACAUGUUCAAAUUGAUUGCUCUCGCCUGCAUCUUCGCUGUUGCCGCUGCUGCUCCAGGAGGAGUUGUUGUUGCUCCAGUAGCACAUGUUGCCCAUGUUGCAACCCCAGUUGCUGUUAGCCAUUCAUCCAGCCAUGUAGUCCACAGUGCACCCCUUGUAAAAACUGUUGUUGCUGCCCCAGUAGUCAGGACUGUUGUACCAGUAGCCCAUGCAGUUCCAGUAGCUCAUGCUGUUCCAGUUGUCGCCCAUCACGCCGCUGUUGUCCCAGCUCACCCAGUCCUUGUCCAUCAUUAAGCAAGGAUGAAUUAGGAUUUUUUAUUAUUUUUUUUGAAGAUUUUUGUAAAAAGAUUUGUUGUUUAGUAAAAACAAAUUUCAACUUAAA